AUGGACAAUGCUCCCAGCCAUGUGGCCGGCCUUAUUCAACAUGCGCACAUGCCUGCAGCGCGCCUUGCCAUGACGGUACACCAUGCGGUGAAUGCACUGCGCCGUGCGAUGUACAGUGUGGGCAUUCGAGAUGUCCACAGAAAUGUUCUGAUCCAUGUCCACCUUGCGCUGUAUCUCAAUGUCUUUCGUCCUGCCCACAUAGUAUAUGUUCAAUGCCUUGCGCGGCACCUUGCAACCACGUCCCUUGCUCGCGGCGAUGUGAGAAAGCCCUAA